UCUCGGGCAGGCGGGACCGCCUCGCACUGAAGGAGUACUUCCGGGGCAGUAGGAGUGGUUCCUCGGCGGCUCUGGCGGCGGCAAUGAUCUAAUCAUGUCAGAGAAAGAUGGUAUUGAGACUCCAGUGAUAACUGAAGCAUCCUCCACUCUUGAAGAUGGGAACCGUGAACCAGCCAAGAAUUCUGAGUCUGUUGACCAAAGUGCCAAGCCAGAGAGUAAAUCCAAACCUGUAGCUAUCACUCGGAAAAGACCGGAGUCCAAAUCUUCCAGUGACCUCGAGACUUCAGAAGUUCUCCCUGUUGAGGCAUCACAGGCUGUAGGCAAAGAGACUGUUUCCAAAGAUGUACCUCAGACUGGUUGGGGAUAUUGGGGCAGCUGGGGCAAGUCCUUACUCUCUUCAGCCUCAGCUACAGUAGCUACAGUAGGACAAGGUAUUUCAAAUGUCAUUGAGAAGGCAGAGACUUCUCUUGGAAUUCCUAGUCCCAGUGAAAUUUCAACCGAAGUCCAGUAUGCAACAGGAGAGACAAAUGCCAAAGAGAAUGCAAACUCUUCCCCAUUGACUGGGCCAUUUGGUGUAUUCUCAACCAUCUCUACUGCUGUUCAGACCACAGUGAGUAAAAUGCAUGGUAGACUGUAUCCCUCUGUGAAUAUAGUGGUUUUUUUUUUUUUUUUUUUUAAUCUCUUUCUCCCUCCUUUUCUUGAAAAGCCACGAGGACUGAUUACUGUUAUGGGAGUCCACAAAUUGCUGAAGAUCAAUCACUUUGAUCUUAGGGGUAGAGUGGGAGCUACUUGAAAACUUUCUUUAAAGAAGUAGAGAGCAGAAGAUGAAGAGUAACAGAGAGGCAAUGUACAUAAUAUUUAAUGGACUAUGAAUUCUGAGUUUGGUGGCCCUAGAAAAUGUCCCUCCUUUACGAAAAUAUUUUUCUCAUAACUAUAGAUGAUUAGAAACAUUUUUAAAAGGAUUUUAUAGGAAACUUAAUAUCUUUCUUUAUGAAGAUAGAUAACUAGUACUUUUUAAUUUUAAUUUCUUGAAGUAAAACAUUAUAUACAGAAAAGUGAAAUCAUAAGAAUUCAGUUGGAAUUUUUACAACAUGAACACACUCAGCCUAAGAAACCAACGUGAUGGUAUAUCAUAGGUUUUCUACCUGUACCCUCUCCCAGCCAUCUGUGCUUCUUCCUUUUGCCCACCAAGAUAACCACAAUUCUGACUUCUACCAUCAUAGAUUAAUUUUGCCUACUUUUAAACUUGACACAGAUGGAAUCAUACAGUAUGUACCCUAUUGCAUUUGGCUUCUUUCACUCAACAUUAUAUUUGUAUUAUUUCUCCAUCAUGUAGUCGGUAUGGUGUAUUCCAUUUUCUUUGCUGUAUUCCAUUAUGUGACUAUGUAGCAUUUAUUUAUUCCAUGGUUGGUGAGUACUGGGGUUGUUUCCGGUUUUUG